ACCAAGAAGCUUUACUGUGAAUGUGGCAUGUGUGGAUCUCCCAUCUCUAUAACUCUGGGUAAUCAGACUGUGGGUCAUCAUCAUUAGCUGAAGUCAUGGCCUGCAUGAAGCCAUGUUUACUUAACCAGGACACAGCAGAUCCUCUCACCAUCCCGCAACACAACUUCACUGUCUACAAACACAGGUACAGGUGGCAAAAGCGGAUAUUGCAGAUUGAUUUUCAAACACAGAUGAUUUACAAUAUAGAGAAGGGAACAGUCAGGAAACAUUUCCCCUUCAACCAGAUCAAGUCUUGUAAGGAUAAUGAUGGUCUGAGAUUUGUUAUUUCAUUCCAUGGACACCAGGACUAUGAACUGGAAGCAACUUGCUUGGAAGAUAAACAAAAUAUAUUUAAGAUUAUGAGCACGAUUUUACAGAGCAAUAGCCAGAUGUCUACAUUAAGGUCAUUUGCCAAAAAACAUGCCACUUCCGAAGUGAUCCUUGAAGGACUCUUAGAACUUUAUGAUGAUCAAGCCGACAAAUGGGUGAAAUAUCUGGUAAAUGUGAAGAGAGAUAAACUUGUAUUAUACUGCUCACAACAAGUGGAACCUGAAAAAAGUUGUCUCAACCUUUCAGACUGCUCAGUGUCUGCUGAAACACAUAAUGAUCUGCCCACAUUCUCAAUCCAAAGCAAUGUAAACAAGUACAUAUUUCGUAUACCAUUAAACAUACAAACCAGACAUUCUGAAGAAAGUAUAACCAUGAGAGAUGACUGGGUAUCUGUUCUGCAAGAAUUCUGUUUGCAGAGUCUACUAAGUCCUUCACUGGAAGGUGGACAACAUACCAUUGAAGGCUUACAAUGUACUCAGAUGGAUCCACACGAUGGUCACAAAGCCUUUACUGCAGAUAAUAAGACAGAAAAUAGUCUCAAUAUAUAUGAGAAAUUAUGUACUCCAAACCCAAGUCCACAGAUUUCAGAUGAUACCAGUUCAGAGACAGAAAAUACAAAAACUAGUGCCAGCAAUGCAGCUUCUUUCCAAGACCAAGUUCCUGUGUUUAUGCCUCCGCCACCCUUGCCAAUCCAUUUACGGACAACGACAUCUAACACACCUAGCAAAACAAAAGCAUUUCACUGGAAUAUUGUACCUCAGGAAAAGAUCAGUAAAUCCAUGUGGGCACAGAACUCUACUCAGAAGAAAAUUGAUGCCCAAAGAAUUUUGCAUCAAUUCCAGUUUAUCGAUGUAUCAGCAGUUUCAGAAUCUGAUAUUUCAAAGGAAUCAAAUAUUCUUUUAGAUAAGAAAAUUGCACAUAAUUUUAAUAUAGUUCUGAAAAGUUUUAAUGUAAAACCUGAACAGUUGAAAGAGAAGUUAUUAAUUAUAAGAGAAUGUGAUGGCGGGUUAUCUGAUAAACAUCUUACAGACCUAAGAAGAUAUGUCCCAACUAUAAAAGAUAUAAAAAUGUAUCUAAAUUAUAAAGGGUGUCCAUCAGAAUUACACAUUGUGGAUCAGUUCAUGCUGCAGAUGUGUAAAAUCCCUGAUUUGUGCCCCAGGCUCGACACUUUACUUGCAAUACGAGAGCUGCCUAUGUAUAUGAAAGACUUGCAUCCUCUCCUGUGCCAAAUGAUCAAAGCAUGUAACCAGCUGCUGAAUAGCCGAGCUUUCCUGGCAGUACUGAGCUACAUCUUGGCUAUGGGCAACUGUCUAAAUGAAAAUGCCGGCAGAGGUAAAGCCAAAGGGUUCCAGCUGUCUUCUCUCACAAAAAUGUCCCAGCUUGUGAGUAAGGAGAAACGGUUCACCUUCUUGCAUGCCCUUGUGGAGCAGAUCAUAUUGCAGGAGCCUGAUUUGGCAAAAUUUUCUCAGGAGUUGACAGAAUUUGAAGCGGUUCCUGGUGCUUCCAUCAAAGGUCUGAACGCGGAGGUAGAUGUUUUAUGCAAGCAGUUAGAAACUAUUAACCAGUAUCGGAAAUCUUUCAAGGCUAAAUAUCAUAAGAAUUCUGCGAGAGAAGACCAGUUCUUGAAAGACCUAAAGGAUAUUGUUGAGCAGUAUGGAACACUGCAUGCCGAUUUGGCAAAGAAAACCAAUGAAAUGAAGAGACUCUACUCUGAAGUUUUGCAAAUGUUUGGAGAAGCAGAGGACCAAGAUUCUCAGGAGCUUUUUGGGUCUAUUUCUACAUUCAUAAAGGAGUUUCAGAAUGCCUACAUGGACAUAAGACCUUCUCAGUGAUGACUUUUCUCAAUAUCGCUUCUGACAGAUCCUGAACACAUACAAUACUUUGCUGGUCUACAACAGUUUCUCACUUCUAAGCAAUUGUACAGGAUUUGAUGUGACAUUAAUACAAUACUCUAUAAGUUUCGUUUUCUAUAAAUGCUUUUAUUUGUUUCACAAGGUUCUUAAAACUACUGCUUUUAACUAUAAAUGUCUUAUAAGACACAAAUGCAGAUUCCAAACUUCUAAUCACCCAGUCACAUUCUGGUAUGAUGCUGGAUUAGAGUUAUGCCAGUCUGCAUAAAAUAAAAUACACUUAUUGUCUCUGUGCAUGCACAGAAAACAGAGAGCAGGGAUUGCCAAAGGAGGGAUUAUUCUAACACUGGCCAAGUAAUGAAUGUUUUUUUUUUACAGAUCUGAUAAAAGCAUAGAUAAAGCUUUUGACCUUACCCUUACUUUUAAUAGAGCAUUCUCAAUUUGUUCUCAAAUUCAGGAUGCAGUUAGCAUCCCAGCAACUGGGAUGCCAGCAGUAGAUAUCCCGGCACCAAAAUCCUGAUCUGCGGCAAGAGCAUCGACACCGGAAUACUGACAUCGCUGUCAAUGGCGAUUCUGGAAUGCGGACUGCCGGCAUCCUGAUCAUAAGUAUGCGAGGGCAGGUUAAGGUUAGGCUGCUGGGUGGGGGAGGUAAA